AUGGGAAAGGUACGCGCAAGAGUAUCUAAAGUUUGUGAUUUUUGCAAAAAGAGAAAGGUCAAGUGUGAUUUGGGAAAUCCUUGCUCAACGUGCGUAAAGUAUAAAAGAAGUCCCUGUGUGUACUCAGAAUUAUUAGGUAAUGAAGAAGCUGAAGAUUAUGAACCGAGGAAGAGAAAAUUUAGCAACAUGCAAAAGAGUGACGAUGUAAAGGACAACAUAAUUGAUGGCACAAGCACUAUAUUCACACCAAGGUCAUCUUCUAAUGAACAGCCGUUGCAGUCAAAUGGAUUCAUGUCCAAGCCAUUGACUCCAAGUGGUGCUAGUAUUGACACGGUUCAGGAUGAGUUGACAUUUCUCAAACUGAAACUACAGUCCUUGGAACAGCAUUUGAAUACUCAGCAACCAUAUAAGCCUACUGAAGGUCAAGAUUGGUCACAAUCGCAGUUCCUGUUGCCACAACAAAACACCAGUACACAUACCCUGCCGCAGCUAACCAAACAAACACCCGAUGGUAGAAGUAAUAGUGCCUAUUCGCCAUCCAAUUCAGUUUUACUGCUGAUUGAUCCAAUGGAUCUAUAUGGCGUCAAUCCUAUCGAAUCCGAAAAUGACUGGAUCAACCUUUCUGCUGGUUAUAACCCCACAUAUAACAAAGAGCCUGUUAGUAGAAAACAUUAUGGUCCUUUGUCGUGGGUCACGUUGUUGAAAGUCGACAAUGCAGUGGCUGCUAUUUGGACUCAAAUUGAACAAAUAAAGAAACAGUAUAAGUUACGGACUGAUUCCCAUUUUAUUACCCCAGAGGUGGGCGAGACUUCAACAGAAAUCGAGAAGGAGUUUUCCAAAAAGGCUUACAAAGACGAUGGGGAGCAUGACGUGAAACUAUUCAGAGAGACCGAAGUUAAGGCCGGCUUCAAAAAAGCUGUUAACCCAGUAGAGUUGAAUGAGAAGGCCAAGUCAUUGGGCUUGUCGUUUUACAAAGGCGGGUUGGAUGAGGAGUUGGAAUUGGUAGAAAAGAUUAGAUUGGUAUUGCCAAAGCAAGAUGUUAUUUGGAAGUUGUACAAGAGAUAUUUUACCCAUUUAUAUGUUGCCAUGCCAUUGGUAGAUGAAGCGGAUUUGAAGGAGCAACUACAGAGGCUCAUUGGUCCAGAAGACUACCAAGAUGUCAUGGUUACUGUCAAAGUUGAAAAGAAGUUGGACUUUGCCUAUUUGGGUUUAUUGUUGAUUAUGAUUAGGUUCAGUUACGCGUCGCUAUUCUCCCACGACUCGUCAAUCAAUGAAAUCAACUUUCAAACAAAAAACCCGGAACCAAGAGCCCAGCUGAUCAAGUUUUUGUUGAAUAAUCCCAUCAAUAUUGACGUUAUUGACGUAGCACAACUGUGUUUGAACCAAUUCGACAUAAUGAGAUGUGCAAACAUGACAAUCAUGCAAUUGGCCCUAAUGACGAGGCUCUAUCAUUUGUAUGCACCAGAGCUUGGCGAUGGUGUUGAUGGUGGCGAUGCACAAGUGUUCAAUGCAACAUUGAUUCAAAUGGCAAGGUCACUAGGGCUUCACCGUGAUCCCGAUUUGUUUCCUGAUGCAUUCAAGAAUGGAAAACAAAACAACUUGGCCAGGAAAAUUUGGUACUAUGUGUUGAUUCUAGACUUUAACAAUGCAAUGCUUAUUGGAUCUACGGUAACGGCUGAGUUUAAUUCCUUUGAUACUAAAUCACCUAUCUAUGUGCCUGGUUGUGAAAAUGUCGAGGAUUCCGAGGUUGAAAGGAUUGCAUGUUCAUGUUAUCCCAGCUUUGACUAUGUUUACGAGCCAAUGAGCGAAAUGUUUGCCACAGUAUUUAAAGUCAGAGGUGAGGUUAGUAUGCUGGAUUUGGCAAAACGCAUAAAUUUUAUGGAAUGUUAUUUCAAAGAUCAAUACAUUGAUGUGGCGAGGCUGUAUUGUCCUGUGAACGAUAGAACAAAUGAGACAAUGCCAAGUACACUCAAGCUAAAGAUAUACUUUUCUGGUACUUUUUUUAUGGCUUCAAUGCAUUUCCACAUAUUCAACUACUACGAAAAGAAGAAGAAUUUAGACUUGGCCUACUACUACAUGAAAAAGAUUAUCGUGCUUGUUGCAUACGAGGUUAUGCCCUGUUUUAUCGAGUGCAUCAGACACAAAAAGAAUGUGUUUAAAAACUCAGCCGACAUGAUUGCCAGCCCCAGUUUCAUCACGGUUGCUCAUAAAUCUUUGAUUAUGUUGUUCUCAUUUUACCUCAGGCUUAAGUACUGGAUCCAUGAUUUGCAAAAGCGAUAUGACCAUAAUACGAGAAUGAAACUGUAUGACACUGCUGAUUAUGCAUACAAGACCAACUUUCAAAAAUUGGUGCAUUUGGCCGAGUUGAUGGAUAAAUGUAUCGGUCAUUUCCGUGAUGGAGUGGCCCGGCUAUCGCAGAGGUAUUAUUACGCGUGGCGUGUGACAAAGGCACAAAAUUUCCUCAAGCAACUGUUGGAUGACAAAUUUUUCGAAACUUAUCUGCCCACGUUCACUACACCGCUUAAUGUUGAGAUGUUGAGUCAAUUGGAACAGCUUUUAGAGAUUUCGUUGAGCAAAGUGGAGCAAAGUAAGAAUCAGCACAAGAUGGAGAAGAAACGCAAAUUAAAUGAUGCUAGUGGCAGGAAACAGAGUGAUGAAAUAUCUAUGGAAGAGGAAUUGGAAAACAAUGUCAAUUCAUUCAUCAAUGGUAAUGUCAAUUUAAGAAAUCAUGAAAAUUCAGUCAGUUCGACUGGAUCAACGACAUCUGAUAGUGAGUACAAGCCCAAUGAUCAGGUUGAUAGCAUUUGGUUACAGAUGAUGAAUAUGAAGAAUAAUGACGAUCUUGCUGGUAAAAUGUAUGAUCCGAUCAUGAGCCAGAUGUAUGGCGCCACCCCCUCUUUCCUUAAUCAAAUGGAUGGUGGCAGUGGUGGUGGUGGGUUUAGUCCUAGUGUUCUUGGCGGACUUGCAGGUGCCAGUUUUUCGGCUGCUGGAGUUUCAGUCGGACCUGGUACUGGUACAGGAGGUGGCAUUGGAGGUGGGGGAUUCAACUCAUUUGAAAUGAACCAUGGUGAGAUGUUUGAGAAUUUCCCUAUUGAUGAAUUAUUUAAGGAUUUUGUCUAG